UGUUUAGUAUUGAGAUAUUAGCAAAAGGCUGUGAAGAAAUUAUGACAGUAUUUUCUUCAACAUUCCUGAUCAUAUGUAGUCUAGUAGCCAUUUGUGUUUUUGUAUUGGAAACGGAAGGCAUAUUUCUACCGAAAAAGGGAGAUUAUCCUUACCUAACACGAGAAAGAGUAUUUAUAGAACCUAAUAAAAGGCCCUUCUGCAAUGCAUUUACUGGUUGCGGCAGAAAACGCUCCAACCUCCCGGCGUUGACCUCCCAGGGGGAGGAAAUGGACGAAUCGAUAAACAGCCUGCUCGAGCUGAGUGCAGAACCCGCGGUGGAGGACCUCUCGCGGCAAAUAAUGUCGGAGGCGAAGCUUUGGGAAGCCAUCCAGGAAGCUAACGUCGAACUCAACAGGCGUAAACAGAAACAAAUGACGGCAGAUGGCGCCCAGAACGACGCUCCUGUUCCCGCGAGGAGUGCUACAGCUAGCUGCGCUCUGCCCCCUUGUUAUAUUUAAGAAGAUUGUGAUGCGAAUGGAUAGAGGGCAUCAGGGCGUUGAAGGAGUGAGGAAUGUUGAAAGUUUUCAUCAGGAACGACUGCUACAUUAUUAUAAUAAAAAUAUUUAAAUGUAUUUAAUAAAUAACAAAAUAUUAAUAAAUCAUAUCUUGAGAAUGAAAAUUUGUAUUCCUAAUGAUAGAUGACUAACUAGGUAUAUAGAUUGUAUUUAAAAAGUUUUAAUAUUGUUAUGUAAUAUCAAUUGCAGUACAUCAGUAUAAUGUAUGUUUAUUAAGAUAUGUAAGCAC